AUGAAUGACCAAAAUUGGCAAAAAUUGUCUCAGGAAUUGAGAAGAAGAGCAACCCAGGCCCGUACUGGAGGUGGCUCGCCACCUAAAUCUCCCCUCGGCAUCUUUGCUGGCUUUGGAGGCCUUGUGCUCUUGGGAGGUGUCUCUUUCCUUGCGCAAAACGCUCUCUUCAACGUUGACGGUGGUCAGAGAGCCAUCAUCUACUCUAGGAUGAGCGGUGUUCAGCCUCAAAUAUAUCCAGAAGGUACCCAUUUGAUUGUUCCAUGGUUCCAGAGACCUGUAGUCUUCGAUGUCAGAGCAAAGCCUAGAAACGUCUCCUCUUUGACAGGAACCAAGGACUUGCAGAUGGUUAACAUCACUUGCCGUGUGUUGUUCAAACCAGAUCUUUACCAGUUGCCUACCAUCUACCGUACUUUGGGCCAAGACUACGACGAGAAGGUUUUACCUUCAAUUGUGAACGAAGUGUUGAAGUCUGUGAUUGCUCAGUUCAACGCCUCGCAAUUGAUCACCCAAAGAGAGAAGGUGUCACGUUUGGUCAAGGAAAACUUGGUUCGUAGAGCCAGCAAGUUCAACAUCUUGUUGGACGAUGUUUCUUUGACGUUUAUGACCUUUUCGCCUGAGUUCAGCGCUGCCGUUGAGGCCAAGCAGAUUGCUCAGCAGGAUGCCCAGAGAGCUGCCUUUGUGGUGGACAAGGCUAUACAAGAGAAGCAGCAAUUGGUUGUGAAAGCCGCUGGUGAGGCUAAGUCUGCUGAGUUGAUUGGUGAAGCCAUCAAGAAGUCCAAGGACUACGUGGAAUUGAAGAGAUUAGAUACUGCCAGAGAGAUUGCGCAAAUUUUGGCCAACUCGCCUAACAGAAUCUUGUUGGAUAAUGACACUUUGUUGUUGAACACGGUGGUGGACUCUCGUAAGUAA